UAAGAAAAGUCGGCGGAUUCCUCACUACUGUCAAGUAUGUGACAUUGGGCCUCAAGAUCAAUGAAGGUGUGAUUUAGGGACCGGCAAUGAAGCUCAGGGCUGAAGAAGCGAGUCGAUAGAACAGAACGCGUAGGAAUCGCGUAAAAGAUCGCGGAGAUCGCACUAGCCCCACCAACCAAUCACACUCCCCUCCAGCAACCUUACUUACCCUCACUCAUCAUCAGUCAACUCUCAGCUUCACCAGUCAUCAGCCACCAAACAUGACAAACCUCACCACCUUACCACCCGAGAUUCUCUUCACCAUCCUCUCCUUUGCCUCCCCCUCGGGAGUAACAACAGCCAAGGCACCCGUCCACCCUUUCAACACUAUCGCAGCGACCAACAAAUACCUCUACACCAUUGUAGAAGAAUACACCCGUGGCCUCCUCAAACAACACACCGGAUUUACGCCCCCCAAGUCGUCCAAAACUUUCACCUGCCGCAAGAAAUGGGUCGAAGGCACGUGCCAGGUGUGCAAGAAAAGCAGCAAGAGACGGGCGACAUUGAAUCGUGUUUUCACGUGUUGUCGGACGUGUGACAGGAAGUGUUUUCCGAAAUUGACAAUGACCCAAGCCCGAGAAAUCCACAACCUCUCAAAACUAGACCUCUUCACGCCAAACCGCCUGCACCCGUCUCUCCCGCCCCUAGCAGUAGGUGAAGUCGCUUCCAUGGGCGGAACCGCCACCAUGAUCAGCGAGGCCGACAUCAUUACGCGACGCGAAUUGAUCCACAGUCGCCUAGGCGAGGUAAACAGCACGGAUGCCGUGUAUUUGCGGCGGCGGUGUGCGGCACAUGAACGGCUCAUUGCACAUAUGGAUAUUCUCUAUAACUGUCGGUAUAGGACGUGGGCGGCUGCGCGCAGGUUUGUAAAGAAGGAUUCUGGAGAGGAGUCUACGCGGUGCAAGAGUAUGUUGACGAAGGAGAGUAGGGAGGAGUAUGUGGAGAAGGGGCUGUGGAAGGAGUGGGCGGCUAUGAGAAUGGGUGGUUCGUCUGAGGAGGAUGCGGUUGACAUUGGUUGAGAUUGCUUGCUUGUAGUUGUGUGGAUAUCACAUAGGUGUGAAAAGUCUUGCCCCACGCCCAUUCAAUACUCGCGUUGCUCGUUGAUUGUUACUUAUCUGAUGGUUAUCGUCCAGUUCGCACUCAACGAGAACCCCGCCACGCAACACUACCCUCUUCAAGAUGAGAGUAAAGCGUGCCUUCGACAGCUCAGCGUCCCAACGGCCCUGCGUUAGCCAUGCCUCCACUCCGUCUCGACGUCUUGCCCCCGAGCGCAAAGGCGCCCAUGUUCCUUGAAGCAUUGCCGCCAAGGGGCUGUCUUGUGAUCGGCGAAGCUUGGUAUGGGGGACCGAUGUCCGGGUUUCGGAAAGCGUUCUGACGUGUUC